GCAACGCGCGGCCCCGCUCCCCGCCGCCAUGUCCGGCCCGGAGGCCGCGGGCAGCCCCCGCACCAGCGAUUGGUACCGCACCAGCCCCGGCCUGCCCGGCCGCUUCCAGCAACCCUCCUGCUUCCGCGGCUACGGGCAGCCGGUGCAGCCUAACCCCCGGUACUGGACCACCAACCAGACCUACGGCAGGAAAGCCCCCACGGUGCACGAGGUGCCGACCUCCUUCCAUGUCACCUCGCACGCCUUUUCCAACACUUUGGCAGAGUUUGGCAUGUACAGGGACAACGGGCUCAACACCUCCCUGGAGAAGAGCCUGGUCACCGGCCCCGACAACUUCAUCACCACCUCCGACCGCCUCAACUUCCACCCCAGCUACAACCCAAGCAGCCCCUCGCACUGCUAGGUCUGCUGCAGGGACAAGGACAGUGUGAAGCCACUUCACUUUGCUGCUGGCUGCCCAGAUUUAAAAAUAAAAGCAAACCCAAAAAAACCACCAGCAAGCAAACCCCAGCCCUGACCUUCACCUAAAUCUGCUGCUUGAGCCUCAUCUGAAAGUGUGACCAGAGGCUUUACACCCUUGCAGUGCAGCUGCUAAACGAGGUUACAAGCCACUCCAUCAAGAGGAAGGCAGUUUCUGUUGCAGUCGUUUAUUUACAGGCAGGAUAUAGUUAUUACAAUAUACAUUCCAUAUCUAUUCUCUCUUCUUUUCUCUGUCACUAAUGAUCCUUUAAACAGCUGGCUCACGUACCACAUAUCAUUAAAAAUUAAGAUUUUAAAAGUGCUUCUGUGCUAUUAAAUGAAUAAUCACACCUUUUUCAGAGGUAUUCAUUAAGCCUUUGUAUUUCCUGUACUGGGCAUGUCCAUCUUGCCUCUCAAAAUGAACACCUUUUUAAGAAAUUACUCAAAUAAAAACAACUAAUCCAAAAUAAAAGAUUUUCAUAAGUUUUAUUGUAACAAGUGUAGUUAAACAGACAGUGAAACUGCGUCAUUUAGACAGUAACUGCACAAAAACCUUGGCAUUUUGCUUAGAAACUAGUCUUGAAGAGGAACCAGUCUUCCUGUUCAGAUGAGAAAUGGUCCUACCUUACCAGUGUAACAGUCAUAAUCUCUAUUAAAAAUGAGCAUAAGACUAUUUUUUAGCUGUCUGCUAAAAAUAAAAACCAAAUUACUAUAUCCAAGUACCACAGCAAAUGAUAACUCUUCACAUUAGAAAUAUUCCCUCUGUGUCAUUUUUAUAUAGUCUUAUUAUAAACUGCACAGGAAGCAUGGCAAGAUGAUCUAUUUAAACAUGGGAGGCAGAGACAUUCUGUUUAGUCAAUAACAUCCCUAAGCAAAAAAUCUGAAGUCCAAAACUUAAACUUUUUUUUUUUUUUUAAAACAUUCCAACCCCAGCAGAGCUCCAUGUUCCUGGCCCCAACAGGAUUUCCAUCACUCCCACCAAACAAUUCCAGUUUUCCCUGCAAUGCUUUUGGUUCUCUCAAACAGAACAGUUGGCUAAAUUAACUUUUGCUGAAAACACACCAAUAAAUUGGAACAAGGAAAUAAACUAGGCAGAAAGGGACCUGAAAAGGUAAUUUAAAAAAUACUCAGCAUAUGAAAAUAAAUAAGCAACCCUCUACCACUCACUGCUGUUCUUCUAUUAGACUCUAGAAAAUACCUUGAACUUCUUUUAACUUUCCUUUCUUCUCCUGAAAUGAAAAAUAACAAAGAGCUGAAUUAAUACAAACAGUUGUGACAUUUUUUCCUAUAUUUUUACCCACAAAAUUUUCUGCAGGUGGAAUAAUUUAGGGACAAGACUGCCUCUUGGAAAUACAAAUUUAGUGGCUUUCCUCAGAUAUUUUCCACCUGUUUUCACACUUCAUUUAAAAACACCCACCCCUUUUCUUCCAUCAUUUCUUCCCUUUUUUGUUUUAUGCUUAUACUGAAUCCAGUUCCUUUGAACAGUCUGGCAUGCAGUGUGGCUUCUGUCACCCUCAUACAGGCUGUACCCUGAGAUACCCUGGGAUAAGGUUUUCCAAGUCACUGCCACUGAGGUCUGCUGAGAGAAGGGAGAGCAACAUCCAAGCUUCAGCUGCAGCCCAGCCCAAGACUGGCCUCUAUACACUUAUCAUACUUAGGUCAAAAAAUAUUCGCCUUGUAUUUACUUUCCUACAAUUCCCUGUUUUAGUGGGCUUAAAAACAUUGACCUGUUUCUUCAGGUCUCAGACACCCAACACACUUUUUUAAAAAAGAAGUACCAGUACAAAUUCAAAAUAUCAUCCUCAAGAUGGCACAUUUGACUGUAGAGAAUCUACCUGAAACAUUCUCUUUCUGCUCUGUAGAAAGCAAGAUUUUCAGAUUUGCAGAUGAAGUUGUGGGGCUGUACUAUCAAACCACAAUAAACUGCAGUUCCUAAAGGUUUGAAAAACUUUUUAAAAGUACAUACUUUAA